UUUCGCUUCACAGUGAGUUUCAAUUUCUUAAAGUCGAAAAUCAAAAAGUCAACAGAAGUUGACAAAUCAAAUAAAUUUCUUUUAGGGGAAUCAAUGAUCCAAAUUACGAUCAAUUUCUGGAUCAAUUAAAAAAGAUCAAAAUCAGCAUCUUUACCAAUGGCAACGGAAAGUUCCGUGCAGAAGUUAUAUGCCCCUUUUGUCAAGAGAAUGGUAAGAAAAGAAAUCUCUCGAUCACGAUGGAUGAUCGAGGAAAUUGGCACAUUUACAACUUCACUCGACAUACCAACUCAAUUCAUCUUGGGAUUCCUGUUUCAUCAACUCGAAAAUGUUCCAGGAAGAACGUAUUGAACGUUACUCAAGAAUCAAGCUAUUUUUCGACUAGUCUGCCAAUUAAGAAAAACAACUCAACCAUAAAUUCUCAAGAACCACAAAUAUUAAACGCAUCAAGUUUUGUCCUAUCGGGUUCCUUAAGAACAAAUACCGAAAACAUAUCAGAACAUAACGAACCAGUAAAUGCAUCGAGUGAAAUACAUGUAGAUGAAUACAUAGAUGAAGAAAUACUUGAUGAUGGUUGUGAUAUUUUCAAUGAUCACAAAACAGAACCUUGCACAGAACUAACGUUUUCAAAAGCGGAAAGUAAACAGUCGACGAAGGAGGUUCCUAGAAAAUCCACGUAAUGAUUUUUAUAAACAAAAACAUUUGAUUCUCCUUUUAUUUCUAUCAAAUAGAAACCUUGU